ACGACUCGUGCCGCCUUGCAGACGCCGCCGCCGCUUCGGACCUUACCACGUCCAGCCAUGGUCAAUCCUACUGUGUUCUUCGACAUUGCUGCCGACGGCGAGCCUUUGGGCCGCGUCUCCUUCGAGCUGUUUGCAGACAAAGUUCCAAAGACAGCAGAAAACUUUCGUGCUCUGAGCACUGGGGAGAAAGGAUUUGGUUAUAAAGGCUCCUGCUUUCACAGAAUUAUUCCGGGAUUUAUGUGCCAGGGUGGUGACUUCACACGCCACAACGGCACAGGCGGCAAGUCCAUCUACGGGGAGAAAUUUGAUGAUGAGAAUUUUGUCCUGAAGCACACAGGUCCUGGCAUCUUGUCCAUGGCAAAUGCUGGACCCAACACAAAUGGUUCCCAGUUUUUCAUCUGCACUGCCAAGACCGAGUGGCUGGAUGGCAAGCAUGUGGUCUUCGGUCAGGUGAAAGAUGGCAUGGAUGUUGUGACAGCCAUGGAGCGCUAUGGGUCCAGGAAUGGCAAGACCAGCAAGAAGAUCACCAUUACUGACUGUGGACAGCUCUAAUAACAUUUGACUUACGUUUUAUCUUAACCAACAGACCAUUCCUUCUGUAGCUCAGGAGAGCACCCCUUCACCCCCAUCUGCUUGGAAUGUUCUAUAAUCUUCGUGCUCUCGCCGCAGUUCAAUGGGUUCCAUGUUUUCCCUUCCCCUUCCAAGUCUAGCUGGUUUGCAGAGUUAAGUUUAUGAUUAUGAAAUAAAAACUAAACAACA